GGUGACGACAGAAGUGCAGGUCCAGGCAGGGUCGAUUUGUGACGUUGCGUGUAAGGGGUGUAUCCUUAACUCCUGCCCAUAUCAUUCACUCACACUCACACAGCCAUCCACUCACUGAGACACAGUCGAACAGGAAACAAGAACAAAAGCACCAGAACGAGCGCAGCAGAAGAAACAGCAGGUGAACGACACGACAACAAGACAGACGGGAAAACAAAAUGACAAUCGGCAGGAACUCCAGAAAAAGCUCCACCAGAAGCUCUAUCCGAGCUCCAAAGUUUCUGGAUAAGUCCAGUGGCUUCUACGGCCGCCUCGAUGAGCCUGAAACCACCGCCGGGAUGGAAGAGAUGUUGGUGAACGAGGAAGAGAGAACAAAUGGAACGGGUGACAUAAGUGUGGUGCAGAACUGUGGGGCAGAUGUGAAGGAAGAACCUGAGAUGUUUGACUUCAACGAGGGGUUGAUGGAGGAUGAUGAUGAGAUCCUCCUGCGUAGGAAACCCAGCCGCCGCAGCAGUCGGUGGAGGAGGAGCAGCAGGAGAAAGCAGAAGGACGAGAAGGUCGAGGAGAACAAGAGGCCAAGCCUGGGCACAGACACUCAGGACCUGGAGGCCACCAGGGUGAGGGUGGAGGUGGAGGUGGAGAGAAUGAAGAGGAUGGAGUUAGUUAAGGAGAUGUCUGGGAAAGGAAAGGAGUCGGCACUCGUUCACUUCCCUGUACGGGAGGAUCAGGACGACCAGGUCCUGAUCAGAGACAAGACGAGAGCAGACGACGAAGAGGAGGAGGUGAAGAAGAUGAAGAAAGAGCAGGAGCAAGGAUUGAAGGCAGUGAAGAAAGUCACUGUGAACAAUUAUCGUAAGGCCUUGGACCGAGCCUUCCGUCGUGGCUGGGAGGCUUUCAUCACCAACCUGUACAGUGUCACACUGACACCUGUGACAUCAUCACCACCACUUUCACCGUCUCUAAAGAAGAAGCAACAACACAACGUUGUACUAGCCGACCUCAGAUAGAGUUCUGACUCAACAACAGGGAUUGUUUUCUAAUAAUUACAUUCUUUGAAUCAGAACUGCUUGAAUCUGUGACAUCUUCUUUGGCCUGAAGACUUCAAUGGCACUUUAAUGGUCAUUUAAUUAUCUGCCUGUGUCCUACAUUAGAUCUCAGGGAUAGUAAUUAUUUAUAUGAGUUAUUGAGUCUUAAUUACUCACAGUUACAUGUACUGCCUCUUAUCGUGAUGGUGGAGAAAAGCACAGUUUUAUUGUCAAAGCCAGAGUUGUUGAUUUUACAUUGAAGUCCAGGGCACUGGUUGUUGUUAUGGUCCAAUAUCUUUAUGCGACUGAGUUCAACUAACUGUGGUUUCAGUCGACGUCUUAACGUCUCAGCUCUGGACACCCAGUCCACGACUAAGAGCUCGGAGAACCAAUUGAUCCCUUCUUCCUUUAAUUCUUACACAAUGAAACCAGUGGUGUUGAAGUGUGAGCUGAAGGAAGAGAACCUUUUCUACAGUAGCAAUGACUGAACAUUUUUAUACAGCAAAAACUGCAUCUUAGUGUCAAUGGUGUUCAAUUGCACUAACAGGUGAAAUGAAUCCACAGAGGGAUUCAUUUCAAAAAUGGUAAAAGUGACUUCCUCUUACAGGUGUCAUGUCUGUGUGGACUACACACCGCCAGCAUGGGUUACAAAGUCUAUAUGGGAAAAGAGUGUGGGCCACAUUUGGUUAUCACUUUACAUCUUUUUGAAUUCUUUUAUUUAUUUAUUUUCACAUGUGUCCAUGUUUGUGUGCACACUAAGAAUUUUACUCAUUUUCAUUGCCGUGAGUGUUCCAAUGAAGGUGGUUUUCCCUGAAGGAACAAAGUUUUUGAGAGAAAAAGGAAAUAUUUACCGGUUUGAUUGCUAGCAACAACAUUUACUACCUUUACAAUUGUGUACAUUUAAACUGCGGUACUUUACAUGUAGCAUAGCGUUUAGUAAAUAUAUUGAUACAUUUUAUAUUAAAAGUGCCUUUCAAAGCACCCAAAGACACUUGGGUAUGACAAGAAUGACUAACUGUAGCUAAAUGAAAUUGUUUCCAUUAUUAGUGUUAACUUUCUCCUGCCCACUAUGUGUCUAAUGUGAUCCAAUGUUUAUUUGAUUGUAAUAAUUGUAUAACUUGCUCUUUAAAUUGUGACAGAAACACUUUUCUAAGAGUAAAUAAAGACUGAAUUGUUUCUACUA